AAAUAAAAAUCUAAUGAUUAUAUGUUUUAGGUCUAACUAGGAACUAGAAAGUGGGCGUAUCUUUGCUGCAGAUCUAUCAUGAUCUAAAAGUUUUCAACUUCCUUAACUAACUGAUUUAGAAAUUCGUGUAGACUGACCAGAGUCCGCGAAUUUCGAUCAUCAAAAUGACUGAAGUGCAUGAUUUUGGUAUUGCGCCAGUAACUUGUCACACUUUUGACAAAAAUAGAACGGGUUUGGCUCUGUCUCAUAAUGAUUCCAAUGUGAAAAUUUACAAGAAGUCUGCCAAUAAGUGGCAGGAGACUGACACCUUAAGUGAGCAUGGACAGAGAGUGACCAGCAUUGACUGGGCACCCAACAGCAACAGGAUAGUCACCUGUUCAGCUGAUCGUAACGCAUUUGUUUGGAUGUUGGAGGAUGGUAAAUGGAAACAAGUGCUUGUCAUUCCUCGUAUUAAUCGUGCUGCAACUUUUGUUCGUUGGUCACCAAAGGAAAACAAGUUUGCAGUUGCCAGUGGGUCAAGGUUGAUUGCUAUCUGCUACUAUGAUGUAGAAAACAAUUGGUGGCUUAGUCAUCACAUUAAGAAGCCAAUCAGAUCAACUGUUACUUGCCUUGACUGGCAUCCCAACAAUGUCUUAAUAGCCGCUGGCUCCACUGACUUCAAGUGUAGGAUAUUCUCUGCCUAUCGCAAGGAAGUUGAUGAGAAACCCGGCCCUAGCUCUUGGGGGUCCAAGAUGAUGUUUGGAGCUUUGAUGGCAGAGUUUGCCAAUGGUGGAGGUGGCUGGGUUCACUCAGUCUCUUUCUCUGCCAGUGGUAACAAGGUGGCCUGGGUUGGACAUGACUCAAGUGUAUCUGUUGUGGACUCUACUAAAGGGAAUGAAUUGUUGGUAAUUAAAGAUAGCUUCUUGCCCUUUAUGGGAAUAACUUGGAUCACAGAGAACAGCCUUGUUGCAGCUGGCUAUGACUGUAACCCUAUGCUGUUCUCUCAUACUGGUGGAAAACUCACUUUGGUUGGACAGCUUGACCAAUCUCAGGAAAAGGAAUCUGGACAGAUAAGAUUUGGCAGAUCCUUAAGCUGGAAUUCACCCCCGCUGCCCAUCAAUGGGAGUAUGGAGGAAGAAGAGGAGGAGACCUUCACCAGAGUCAGUGCCAUGAAUCGUUUCAAAAACCUGGACAAGAAGGCCACAGCUUCUGAAACCUCGACUGACCUGAAGACCCAACAUCAAAAUACCAUCACCCAAGUGUCUGUUUACAGUGGCACCAAAGCUGAUGCUGGCAAGAUAGCGACCUCUGGUGUGGAUGGUAACUUGAUCAUCUGGGACCUCAAGUCUUUAGAGAAAAGCAUUCAAGGAUUGAAGAUCUCAUAAAAGACACUGAUGACUCAUCACAGAUGAAUGCUACUCUCUUGCAGCCUAUCAACAGAUAUCACCGAUCUAAAACUCUCAUAUCUCGGCUAUGGCCAUUUUCCUCUGUUCAGUAUCAUCCAUUGUCACUUAUCAGUCCAUUUUUUGUUUUUGUUUUAUUUCUUUGGCUCGUAGGCUGUGAAAACUGUGAGUUCAUGGCCAUCGGUUAACUUUAUGAGAAUUUCAUCUUUACUCUACUAAGAAACACUUUGCUGUAUACAUAUAAACACAUUACCUUGCGCUUUGCAAAUUGAGACCAUGAUGAACCAAAUGUUGUUCUUUUGUUGUAAUAAAAUUUUUAAUGAAACUUCAAAA